ACACACUUCCGGCGCGCAGCGGGCGGCCAUGUUGGAGCGGCGGAGGCGGCGCAGAGGCGCGUCUUGGGUCCCCGCGGCGGCGCCGGUGCCAAGCACUGGUUUGCGGAUACCCAGGCAGAUCUGCAGUGCCUAAUGCCAUGAGCGUGGUGGUGCAGCAUGUGGAGGAAAAAGCUGUGCACUCCUGGUCGCGUAUCUCCACGGCAGGGAAGAAGGCCCUGGAAGAGGCGCUGCUUGUCUUUAACCCCAUGAGCCAGGAUCUCAGUGCCACAGAGGCCCAGCUUGUGGCCUUCCUGCAGGGCCUCCGAGAUGAUGGCUUCCAACCUACCAUCCUGCGCAGUGGUGAUGUGUAUGGCUAUAGUUCAUGCACAGCCAACCCCCCAAGCCAGACAAAGCUGCAAGCUCGUGCUCCCAAGCCAGCUGCCACAUCACCUCCAGCCAGUGCUCCCCGAACUGCCAUGCGGCUGCCUGCAGGCCGGGCUACACUGCUCCCUAUGCCACUGUCUGGCAGACUGGCCAAAGCGUCCACACCAGCCCUUGCCAAGCAUGCUACCACCAACCUACUAUUGAGCUCCUUGAAGCAAUCAAGUGCCAGCCGUGCCCGGGGUGCAGCGGUGGGCUUCCCCACCCACCUCUAUCCAGGUGUCUACCCUGCCAUGCGGCUCUCUGUUGUCCUUGAAGCCCUGGUUCCACUCAAGACUCCCAUGCCCUGCUUGGGUGCCAAGCACAAGGCACAGUCACUGCAGCUCUCGCUUGCGGACUCUCCUCUGAAACUGCGGAAAGGUUCAGGAAAGGGUCCAGGGAAACCCCGGUCUAAGGCUCCCAGAAAAACCACAAGCAAGGGCCCUAAGUGUCUGACUCGUAAAGGCCCCGGGGCUGGACCCCGACGAGGCACUGGGCUCCAGAGCAAGACCUACAAAGCCACUGGGUCCCUCAGUGGCCUGCAAAUGAAAGGGGGAUCUGCCCUGGGCACCAAAAGAGCCCAGGUCAAGGCAGUUCGAACACUGGCCAAAGCUGCCUGUGCCCAGGCCAAGGUGGCUCGAACACAGGCCAAGGCUGCCAAGGCCAAAGUAGCACAGGCCAAGGCGAAGGCCAAGGCCUCAAGAGCUAAGGCCAAGGCAGCACGAGCUAAGGCCAAGACCACACAGGCCAGGGCCAAGGCCAAGGCCAAGGCCAUGGCCAUGGCGGCACGGGCCAGGGCUAAAGCUAAGGCAGUGCGGGCCAAGGCCAAGGCCAAAGCCAGGGCAGCUUGGACCCAGUCCAGGGGCAGGGGCAGGCCAAAGGGGUCUGCUCAGGCUAGAACUUCAAGGAAGGACCAGAAAAGCCGCCCCGAGACUGUUGGACAGAAGAGGAAAAGAGCUGAGGAGGCAAAAGAUCUUCCUCCCAAGAAGAGAACACGGCUUGGGCCCCGAUCUUCUAAGGCAAGGCUAGGGCCUGGAACAGCAAAGCUGCUAAAGUUUCGUGCCAUAAAGGUAGAUAAGCGCUCCUCGGAUGACGAGGUGCGGCAGCGGGCUCAGCGGAUCCUCCGUAUGAACCUGUCUCCUGUAAUACGGCUCCAGCCGUUGCUGCCAUAUUCAGCACCCUGAUUCCUUCACACAGCAAUGUUUGGGGAAACAGCCCAGCUAUCUGUGUGGCCAGUGGCACAGUGUGCUAUGCCCGAGGACUCCACAACCUCGAGGACUCUGGGUACCUCUCCAGGGCCCUGGCGGCCACCAGCCUCCUUUCAGAAACUGGAGGAUGUGGUGUGGGUUGGGGUGGGCGGGCGGGGUGUUCUCAUGGCGGGAUGCACUGUGACUUGUUAUUCAAGUUGUAUGUCCACUGUUCCAUCUAUCACGUUUUAUACCU